AUGGACCGUGAACUUCUCGCGGAGUUGGGGGAGGCGCCAGCUCCUGCGGGUGAAGGUGGAGAAACCUUUUCCGCGCCAGGGUUUAGCGUGGCGGGGGAGGAGGAGUCGGCUACAGCCGCUGAGGAGAGUCAUGAACAUGGGAAGAAAACGACAUUAGAAGCCCCUGAGUUCGGCGUUGCUGCGCCUACACACGAAACAUCAGCCAAUGGAGCAGAAGAAAAUGAAACGGAGACAGGUGAUGGUGCACCGCCUGUAUCAGCCCAACACGGAGCUUCAGCAGGAAACGCCACCGCAGUGGAGCAGUUUGAGGGUCCCUCAUUUGGUGUGGCUGCACCUACGGAGACAGAAGCCGAAGAGGGGGCUGCCGAGGCAGAGCUCCAAGAGGAAACACCAGAACAAGGCGGAUUCGCGCCUCCCAGUUUUGGAGUCGCAGAGGGUGCAGGUGUUAUACCAGGAAUUCCCCUGGAGGGCACGGCAAUGGAAAAGCAUCCAGAGAGAGGAGGACUAUUUGCUGGGCCACCCCCAGAGGAAAGGCCCUCGAUUCCCCCUCCACCUGUGGGGCCUGAACCGGAGAAUGCCGAAGGCUCCUCAGAAUUCGAAGAGAAGGAAGAAGAACUCAGGGAGCGCGAGCUUAACACUGAUCCCAAACUGCACUACUCGUGUGGGCAGCUGGCACCCGUCCUGGAUGCGAUUCAGGGACUAAACCAAAAAAUCGCGGACUUGCAUUCUUUGGCUCAACAGCAGCAGCAGAUGGAGCAACAACUGCAACAGCAACAACAGCAAAUGCAGGAGCAACAGCACCAGCAAAUGCUCCAGCAUCAGGAGCAGCUAGCGGAGAUCCUCAAGCACCAACAGCAACAGCAGCAGCUGCUGCAGGAGCACCAACAGCAACAGCAGCAGGAGCACCAGCAACAACAGCAGCAGCAACAGUCACAAGAGUUGCCACCAUUUACCCGUUCAAUAGAACCGGAAGGGGAACCGCCGGCAGCAAAACUGCCAGUAGCAUCACUCCCAAAAGAAACGGAGACAGUACCACAAGCAGAACUUGUAGCAGCUCCGGCACAGCAGGAACCUGUGCCUGCAGAAAUACUACCAGCCGCAACCCCACCAGCAGCAACACCACCCAUAGCAACAGCAGCGGCCAGUAACGCGCCACCGAUAAGUAUUCAGAAUUACAACUACGGAGGUGAGAAAUUCUUUCGCUCAACACAAAAUCAAGGUAUACAUGGGCUUUCCCAAUGGCGUUCAGGAUGCUGCGAUGGGGAGGACGAUACCACAAUGGAGGGCGCUGUCUGGAGACGUAUCAGAAAUAUCUCCGAGGCACUUGAAGCCAGAGAAAUGAAAGCAAAGUCUCAAGAGCUAGAGCACUGA